AAGUGACGUCACGAGGGACUGUAUAAGACAUUGCAGGCAGCUCAAAUAGACCAAUGCGGAGCGGGGUGAACCUGCCACUGCUGCGAUGGGACGAGAACGGAGGACCGACAGCCUGUGCAGGAAUUCAGGCUGAGCUGCAUCUCAGAGAGAGGGCUGUCGACAUGUGACUGCCUACCCCUCCAAAAAAGAGGCGUUUUACUUUUAUUUAUUUGUUUAUUUUUUGGUUUGUUUUCUUUUUAACUCUCGGAUUAUGUUUUAGUUCUUAAGCAUGGGUCCGCUGAAAUGGGCGCAGAAGUUGACCCGACCGUGUCCUUUAGAUGUUGCGGUGCUCCGUCUGGACCACCUCUGACCUCUCUGGAUGGGACACUGCCCUGCGCUGCAGCCACGCGGGGAGAAUAACGGAAUCAUCUCAUUUAUCUCAGAGUCAUCGCAGAAUUAUCGCCGGCUCUGGGGUUUCACCAUCAUUUCCACGCAAACAUUGGAAACGACCCACCUAAUCAUCAUAGACCUCUGGACGCUGUUGUGGAUUGGGUUGCAGUUCAAUGCAAUGGGCUGCAUCCAGAGUAUCAGGUGUAAGCCCAAGAGUUUCCGAGAGAGUAUCAUCGUCCUGGAGCUGAACGCGUCCAUCGACUCUAACCCCACCAGCAUUGACGAGGGGUCCGGCGUGGUUUUGCGCUACAGGACCCCGCACUUCCGGGCCACCGCGCGCGUUCUGGUGCCGCCUGUGCCGGCAAAGGAGACAUGGACAAUUGGCUGGAUUCAGGCGUGUAACCACAUGGAGUUCUUCAACACUUACGGGGACAAAGGGAUGUCAAGUUGGGAGCUUCCUGACCUUCGAGAUGGCAAGAUCCAGGCCAUCAGCGACUCGGAUGGAGUCAACUACCCGUGGUACGGCAACACGACAGAGACCUGCAUUGUAGUGGGCCCCACCAAGAAGGACAGCAAGUUUACUGUUAGUAUGAAUGACAAUUUCUACCCCAGCGUGACCUGGGGAGUUCCGGUCAGUGACAGCAACGUGCCUCAGCUUAGCAGUAUCCACCGUGACCAGAGCUUUACCACCUGGCUGGUGGCCAUCAAUCAAGCCACCUCAGAGACACUAGUCUUGCAGACCAUCCGCUGGAGAAUGCGUCUUCACAUUCACGUGGAUCCAGAGAAGCCCCUGGGCCUCAGGGCUAACCUGAAGGAACCUGUGGCCCAGGAGCAGCCUCAGAUAUUAGGCAAGAAUGAGCCCAUCCCCCCGAACGCCAUGGUCAAGCCCAAUGCCAACGAUGCACAGGUGCUGAUGUGGCGGCCAAAGAAUGGUGACCCUGUUGUGGUCAUCCCACCCAAAUACUGACUUGCUCCUCUGACCAGACUGGCCUUGGAUACCUGAACAAUAUCACCUUUUCCCCCAAUUCCUUGCAUAUUACCAGCUCUCUCUCUUUUUCAAAUAUUUACUCCUUUUUUUUAUAUAUCUCAAGUUUUAUAAUGAAACCAGCAUUGAAAAAAAGACCAGUUGUUGUGGGGGAAGGGGGGCUCAAAGAAAAACCUGGAGGGAAUCAGCUGUAACCGUUCUUCCUUCAUAGGUCGGGUCUCACUGUGCUAAACUGCAUUUUGAACUCUUCAUUUAGGCUUUUUUGAACCAAGUGAUUGUGAGCGUGGUAGGGUUUAGCCUUUGCCAAGAUCUCGAUCAAAACUUCAAAAACUAAAGCAGCUUUUAUUUUUGGGCUUGAAGAGUUGCGGAACAUGUUUUCAUACUUUUUUUUUUAAAAGCAUAAGACAUUCGAUCCACGCUGCCUUAGGUUUAAACGGCUUUCCACUCCAGAUGUUUUAGCCUUAAAAACCAAAAACUGUGCAACGCAGUAUCUGGUCAUUUGUUCCUGACUGUUGGUGCUGAUGUGUGGGUUUAGGACAUGGAACGCUUGCAAUGAGAAGUCUCACAGAUAGUAUUUUAACUUAAAAAGCUGCCGUGUACGGAAACAGUGAAUUAUGCAACAGAUGAUAGGCUCUUUUUGCAGAAAAAGUCGUCCCACCGUCCAUCAGUAGUGCUAAGCACAACAAACUAAAAAUGCAGUAAGAAGAUCAACUAAAGAGCACUCUUAUAUGUUAAAUAGCUAUUAAAAAUUGCAUGCACCAAUCCAUCUCAGGGCGUCAUUUGACUUCCUUCCCCUCCUUUUUUAUCCUUUGUGUUUAAAGAGAAUUAAAUAGUAAAGGUAGGGAUCUUUGUCCACAACUAUGUUGAAAUAACAACAUUCGCUUUUGUUAGAUUUCAAUCGCUUCCAAUCUUCAUGUACAACUCUUGUCCUCCAUCUUUUCACUUUCUGUCUUCUGCCUUCGCCUCUCCUUGCUUCCUCUUUCCGUCAGUUGUCGAGGCUGUCAGGCAGAGCAGGAAGCAUGUGAGGUUUCGUUGUGCCGACUGCUCACUUGGCAUAUAGAUGACCCACUUCUAUUCGCUUGGAGUUGUAGCUCGUGCUGCACGUUGGGAAAGGAGGAGGAGGGGGAGGUGUCCUUUGUAUAUUUUACCUCCAGCAACUAAAGUUCAGGCACACACAAAUGGGUAAACAGCUAUGUUCACUCAAAUCUCAAUGGCUCUUCCCAAAAACCUGAUUAAAUCUCUUUUUUUUCUUAGGAGCGUACAGAGAAAAUUUUUUUUUGACGGGCUCAAAAAAAAGUUUUUUUUUUUUUUCCUCUCUCCAUUUUCACUUCCUGUCUCACUUUAGCCAAAGAAGUCGUUUGCAUGUGUUUCAGUGAUUUCUGUGCUCCCGUCUUUAAAACAUAUACCCAUAUUUCAUUCUUUUCUCAUUUUUUUUUUGCUGUCAAUUGAAAACACAAGUUUUUUUUGUAAUUUUGGUGCACUUUAGCUGCAAAAUGCAAACAAGUUUAAGGCUAAAACUCCAGAGAUAAGCGGUUUGAUCUGGCUGUCAAAUAGCCAAGUGCAUGUAGACAUCAUGUCUGCAAAGUAACACACUGGAAGUCAGACAAUAAUAGGCUCCCAGAUCAAGUCCAUCCUUGUUGUAGGAUGAAAUGCAUUCUGAGCUCACACAACCUGACACUUGAGAGCAAAAUGAUAAGUCGGAGGACUUUGUUGAAGGGUGAAGAAAGAAAGUAAGAGGCUGCUUGAGGACUGCUGUCAUAAAUAGAUCUGCAGUCACACACUGUCUGAAGCCCUAAAUGGACUGAACUGUGGUCAGCUGAGCCAGAUAGAGUCACGGUCCAGGCUGGAGUGAGGUCAAAUGGCAAAAUGAGGAGCUAUCCUGCAACAAUGGAAUCCAUUUAGACAAUGGUGUUGGCUUAUAUAUAUAUUUUUUGCCAAGAGUGGCUUCAGUCACAAGUCAUCCCAAUUUAUUUUUUGUUUUGACAGCUCGAGAUAGCUGCGGUUCUGAACUCAGAGACCUCUCACCCAGCAGUACAUCAUAGCUCGGGGCUCACAACUGAAGCGUGUUUCAUGUAACGUCGGGAAAUGCCUGCGCUUUGGCUUCUCAAAUCUCACCGCUGGGGGUUUAGGGGAAUCUUGGCGAUGUUGUCAAGUCACGUUUGUUUCACAAACAGCGCAGGAAAGGAUGUGUCCUUGUCAUAAAACACACUCGGGGAGGUUCAGAGGGGGAGGCCUGGCGUGAUAUCUGAUUGCCACAGCAGUGUCACAUUGGCAGAGGGAGCUCAUUUAUCAGGCCUGCACAUGGACUGGCUUAGAGGCCAUAAACGUAGCUUUUUUACAAGUAAGCAGGAAGUGUCACAAGCAGGCAUCUUUAGCUGAUUUCAUUUUGGGAGCAUUUCUGGAUGGGAGAGUGUCUCUUUGUCCCACCCUGUCAUGGGUGAUAAAGGCGAGUGUUUUCUGUUCACGCCACUGAAAACCUUUAGUGUUCCUUAAAGAGACCAGUAAAAACAGCACUUGUUUUUUAUUGAUGGCAAAAAGUGCCAAUGUAGGUUGAAGCCAAAACUAUGCAGUGAGAUUUAGAGUUGUGAACUCAAAAAGCUCUUGGCACUGAACUAUUGUUUGGUAAAAGGUGUGUUUGCAUUUGCAGAGAAACGUUACAGAUGUAGCCACACUGAAAGGGCUGUGCCAAGUGAACAGACACCUCCUCUCCUUAACCCAGAUCCUCCUAGUUCUUCAGAGGGCUGCUACCUUUUGCUUUGUUUUUGUUUUUUAACUUAAUCUCCAUGAGGCAUCAGAAGCAUCUUACAACUCGCUUCAUGACUUUGUUUUGACCUUUUUUUUUAUCCAAGGGGGAAAAGAGAACAUUAUUCUUAAUGUUGCUUCAUCUCUUUCUUUUAAAUGAGAAAUUGUGAUUCUUUUUUAUUUUAUUUUAUUUUUAAUAACUCAAAAUGUAGUAAACAGGAUGACAGACUGGGUAUUUUUGUCAUUUUGUUUUCUGGCUUUUCAGCACUGGAGAAGUAAAACAAAAUGUGUUGUUUUGUUCAGCUUAGACUAUUACAACAAUACUUGAAAGUUGCCCAUUCUGGCAAAUAUUUAAAACUGUGAAAAUGCACAAACUGGGAAAACGUAUCCCUGAAUGUUUUUACAUGAAUAAAUAAAAUGUACAUACAAGA